UUUUUUUUUCUACCUCAGGGGUGGUGGCCGCUGUUUUGCUCCAUUGCUCCCAUAGCCAACGCACGAAAGCAUGGGAAUGUUGCGAGGGGAUUUAUGAGGAAAGUUUAGAUAAAGUGCAAAUUAAGUUAGCUUAAGUCGCUCUGACGGGGUUUUAACAUCAGUGGAGCUCAACGGCAAACAACGGUGGUGUUUAGCGGGAUCCUAUUUGGACGUUUCUCCAACGAGCAGUUCCGGACAAAGGAAAAGAAACCUGAGCUAAAGCUAACUGGCUCUCUCGGGCGAUGCAGGCCAUUAAGUGUGUCGUUGUCGGAGACGGUGCUGUGGGUAAGACAUGUCUGCUCAUCAGUUACACCACCAAUGCCUUUCCUGGAGAGUACAUCCCCACAGUCUUUGACAAUUACUCUGCCAAUGUUAUGGUGGAUGGUAAACCAGUGAACCUGGGUCUUUGGGAUACAGCAGGACAAGAGGACUAUGACAGACUCCGCCCACUUUCCUACCCACAGACGGAUGUGUUCCUUAUCUGCUUUUCUCUCGUGAGUCCUGCCUCCUUUGAAAACGUCCGUGCCAAGUGGUAUCCUGAGGUCCGACACCACUGUCCCAACACUCCCAUCAUCCUGGUGGGCACCAAACUGGAUCUGAGAGAUGAUAAGGACACCAUGGAGAAGCUGAAGGAGAAGAAACUUUCACCCAUUACAUAUCCUCAAGGCUUGGCCAUGGCCAAAGAGAUUGGUUCUGUCAAGUACCUGGAGUGCUCAGCCCUGACCCAACGUGGCCUUAAAACGGUGUUCGACGAGGCCAUCCGGGCCGUUCUGUGCCCCCCUCCCGUCAAGAAGAAGGGCAAGAAGUGCUCUCUCCUCUAAGACCUCCUGCAGCUUAAACGGAUACAGGGGAACAUGAACGCUAGCGGGGAGAGGGGUGGCUAAAGACACAGGAGAAACACCAGUAUACACUCACAUUCAAUCUACUUCCGAUUCUGUCCUUACUCGUAGCUCAAGCAGUUUUCAUGAAAAUAAAUCAUAGGUUCAGAUUUA